AUGCGGCCUCAUUUGUUCGCUGGCUUAUUAUCGAGCCUAGCUAGCUGUACAUACAGCCUCGAUACACCUACACCAGAAUGUGCUACCAUUUGCUCUCGCGAACUUAUGCACUAUCAUGGUAUUUCUACUGUUGAGGGUCUCUGUUAUGACAUGGCCGUUCAGCGAGAACUAUUCUCAUGUCUAGCCAGUUCUUGCACUGAUCAGUAUGGUCAAGCUUUGGCACAUACUAUCUCCACUUGUUCUCAUCAUGGUGCUUCCAUCAGUAAUCUCCUUCCAGUGGAACUACAACAUAUAAGUCUUGCCUCGAGGCACUUCAUGCCUCUCGUCUCACGCUCUGAUUCAGCCAGCUUCGGAUUUGAAAGUCGUUUUAGCUUGUCUGUCGACUGCAAAGCCGGCUCUGAUGGUGUUCUUACAUUGUCUCUCCCCGAACCCACCGCUUCAGUUCACCAAUCUAUUCCCAAUGGUGGUUCCUCUGCCUCCCCAGGAGCUGGGAAUGGCAACUCUAAUGCCGGAGCAAGCCCAACAGGGGGUGCCACAGGCUCAAACAAUGGGCCCUUACCAGGAAACACAGCAGGCUCGGGUAACAGUCAAGGUGGCCCUUCGGGAGGUACAGGCACUGGAGGAGGCGGUGGUAAUGAUGGAGCUGAGUCCUCAGAUCCUAACGCCGAUUGCGAAGAAGACAAUUCCAAUAAUGGACCUUCACAAUCUGGCAACGGCGGUGGCGAAUCUCAGCCUGCCCCAGCUCCGGCUCCAGCUCCUGCUCCUGCCAACUCGCCUGCAAACAACAGUCCCCCGCAGGAUGGCCAGCCCAACGCCCCUCCUGCUCCAGGACCAGAUGCUGCCGAUGGAAAUAAUUCACCUGAUAAUCCCAACCAAGAUAACCCAGGACAUCCACGACCUCAACCCGCUCCUGUCCCUGCACCAGCUCCCUCAAGCCCUGAUGGAGGCAAAGGAGCGUCAAAUCAAGAUAGAACUGGUGGCCUGGGAGAGGAUUGUGAUGAGAACGCGCCUCCAGGGCUAGAUGCUAACUCUCUUGGAAAUAAUGCUGCUGGAACCUCUCCUCCAAAUACUGACGGCUCAGUGGACUGCUCUUUUGAUGUCAACAAUCCAAAGUGUGCCAACCAGAAUCAGCCACCUCCUGGAUCUCCUGGACCUCAACCUCCAGCACCGGAUUCUUCCAGUCCCCAAAGCCCCGCUCCUGUUCCUGGUCCCGUCCCUGCUCAAGGAAACCCUCCAUGUGGUGCUGAGGUCGGCAUACCAGACUGCCCCGCCUCUCACCAGCCUCCAAGUGGCGAUGGUAGCAAUGGAAAUGAGUGCUCGGAUCCCAACGCGAACACUGGCUGUGGCUCUUCUGAGCCUUCAUCGCCCCAGCCGCCUCCUCAGCCAGCACCCCUUGCUGUUCCAAAUGACUGCCCUGGGGACGAAAACUCACCUUGUAACAAAGGAGGUGACGGUGGGCAUGAUCCAGGAUCUAGCAACCUGCCUGAACACCCUCCGCCACCGAGUAGUCCUAAUGUGCCUCCUCCCGAUGUAGGUCCAUCACCAGCUGCCCCUCCUUCUCAACCAGAUACAAACGCUUCUCCUGACAACGGGGUCUCUUGCGGUGGAAUACCUGGCUCUUGUCCAGGAAAUGGUGACCCAGGAAUCCCACAACCAGCUAACCCUCCUCCUGCGCCUCCGCCUUCAACUUCUCCAGAAGGCCAAGCCCCUAGCGGCCCACAAGAUAAUCCUACAAAUGACGAUGAUGGCGCUGGAUGGGAAGGCUCCGGUACAGGAAGUGGCAACAGUGAUGACGGAAACGGGAACGGUGAUCUCGGGCCCGAAACACCAAGAAUCACGGCACCACCUAUGAAAUCCGCUCUGCCUGCACCAGCAGCUUCACCUCAGCUUCCAGGACUUCCUGUUCAACCAGGACCCCCUCAUCCUACCGAUUCCAACGCUGUUGGCGGCGCCCAUGAAGGACCUCAGGUCAUCACAGUAAUUAUACCAACGCAAGUAGAGAGCACAGCAACAAAGGUCAUGACAGUCUAGCCGACAAAUGGCCCUUCAAUGUACUCAUCACCAUCUCAUUUGAAGGAACGUGCCAUGGCUGACAUAGAACGAAGGCAAGAGAAUGGUCAGGAAAAUGACACUGCUGCGGAUGACAUCCCUGCCCUACCCAGCGCUGCUUCAGCGGCAUCGGUUGUCCAAGCGGACAUUCCGACCCAGUCAGGCAUGCCCGAGCCUUCGUUCGUUAUUUCAAGCGACUCGACAAAAGCCCAGAGACCCUCACAGUCGUCGAUUAUUUUUCCUAUUCUGGUGGUGUUUGUGGCAACAUUCUUCAUGGCUAC